CAGUGGGCGAGGCACUGAGUGAAACCCCGUCGCCUCCUUUCCUUCCAUUUUGGCCCUUUUACACAAAAAGCUAACAGCAAGAAGAAGAAACAAAUUAUCAUUUUCAGGGCGUGACCUCUGAUCAGUAGAGAACACAUAUCUCACAAACCCUAAAACCAAAAACGACGACGAUGUGGAGAAGAACGCUAUUCUCUUCGCACCUCAAAACCCUAGUCUCCUCCUCUUACCGAUCUACCUCCGCAGCCACUCAAUUCGCUUCUCAUAAGCACCUACACAGAUCUUUCGUAUCACCGUCUUCUUCUAUCUUCCAUCGCUAUUUCUCCGCCGAAGCAGCUUUUGUAGCGGAUGGUGCUGUGAAGAAGAGGGUUGAGGACAUAAUGCCUAUUGCCACUGGACAUGAAAAGGAGGAGCUUGAAUCUGAGCUUCAGGGAAAGGAUAUUCUUGAAAUUAACUUUCCAGUUGGUCCCUUCGGCACAAAGGAAGCACCAGCUGUCGUGAAGUCCUACUAUGACAAGAGAAUUGUUGGUUGCCCAGGAGGUGAAGGAGAGGAUGAGCAUGAUGUUGUUUGGUUUUGGCUGGAGAAAGGCAAGGCACAUGAAUGCCCAGUGUGCACGCAAAACUUUGUGCUGGAAGUAGUGGGCCCUGGUGGACCUCCUGAUGGUCAUGGCGACGACGAACAUCAUCACUAGUUGGAGCUAUUCAGUUUUACCUUUCAGAAUAAAAUUGGGAAGAUGAUGAGACAAGUUCCAUUAUACAAAGUAACGUCGAAAUUCAAAAGCUUAUUGUCUUGUUCGUUUUUGAUUGGUCCCUUGUAUUUGUGGCCGUUGCUUUUGCAACAAACAGGAUGAUGGUAUCUUUUUUUUGGUGGUUAUGUAGACACAUACUGGUCAUCCAAAUGAUGGAACCAAUGGAUUUUGUUAGGGUUUGGUCUAAAUGCAAUUGCCAAAUAAUUGAUGGCUACACUUACUAUUCUUUCAUAAAACUUUCUUGAUGUUAGUGUGAGAAGGGAAUCGUAGAAUUUCUGCUUUGAUGCUA